AUGGGAGUAGGGUCACAGCACGAUCGCGACCAGCGGGUUGCGAGGCUCUGGGAAAUCCUCGAUGCCCGACAUGAGGGCCAAAUAGACCUCAGGGGAUUUAAAAAGGGCCUGAGGAAAAUGGAUCACCCGCUUAAAAAUGCAGAUUCCCUCGUAGGAGAUGUCCUUGCAGAUGUGGACACCAGCGGAGAUGGGAAGAUACAGUUCAAUGAAUUCCAAGCUUUCGUCGAAAGGGCUGAAAAGGAACUCUGGCGAUUAUUUGAGUCUAUUGAUCAUGACCACAACGGACACCUUGACAAGGAGGAGCUGCGAACUGCCUUUGCGAAGGCCGGCCUUACCGUUCCGAAGAAGAAGCUGGACGAGUUCUUUACCGACGUCGAUUCCAACAAGGACGGCGUAAUCACUUUCGAUGAAUGGAGGGACUUCCUUCUAUUCCUUCCCACCAAAACCUCCAACCUCCGGGGCCUUAUAUCCUAUUAUAGCACCCUUGGAAACCUAAACCCGGAAGGAGAUGUGCACAUAAAUAAGCCUAUCCAGGGAUCAGUGACCCAGCUAGGUUGCAAGACCCAGAACACGCACUCUCAAUACUACCACAGUCUAGAGGCAAUUCCAUUUCUCACUGAUGAUGAGCUGGAGUGGCUUGUCCUCCCUACCGCCGUUUCGCUUUGGUUGUGUUAUCAAACUUGCGCACAGGUAUUGACCGAGAGCACACCCCAAAUAGGUUACUUUCUUGCCGGCGGAAUGGCUGGAUGCGUAUCGAGGACAGCCACGGCGCCACUCGAUCGUUUGAAAGUUUACCUCAUUGCCCAAACCGCCGUUAAGGACACCGCUCUUAGCGCUGCCAAGUCCGGCCACCCGUUGGAAGCUCUCAAGAGGGCGGGGAUACCUCUCGUUGAAGCUACCAAGGACUUGUGGCGUGCUGGGGGAAUACGGAGUUUGUUUGCUGGGAAUGGUUUGAAUGUCGUCAAGGUCAUGCCAGAAUCUGCGAUCAAAUUUGGCGCGUACGAAGCUUCCAAACGUAUACUAGCCAACCUUGAAGGGCAUGGCGAUCCAAAGAAUCUCCUCCCAACUUCGCAAUUCUUGGCGGGUGGUAUCGGAGGAAUGGUUUCCCAAUGUUUUGUCUACCCGUUAGAUACCCUUAAAUUUCGCAUGCAAUGCGAGACAGUCGAAGGAGGAUUACACGGCAACCGCCUCAUCGCAGCAACCGCCAAAAAGAUGUGGACGACGAAUGGAUUUCACUCCUUUUUCCGCGGUUUACCUCUGGGGCUAAUAGGAAUGUUCCCGUAUGCCGCAAUCGAUCUCAUGACCUUCGAGUACCUAAAAGUCACCCUCCUAACCCGCAAGACAAGAUUGUAUCAUUGCCAUGAAGACGACGUACCCCUUAGUAAUUUCACCACUGGGGCUAUCGGAGCGCUGAGUGGCGCUCUCGGUGCGUCAAUAGUUUACCCGAUGAACGUCCUCCGCACACGACUGCAGGCACAAGGCACUGUCCUGCAUAGCCCGACGUAUACUGGCAUCGUCGACGUAACGCGCAAAACACUACGAGCUGAAGGCAUACGAGGCCUAUUCAGAGGGAUUACUCCGAACUUACUGAAGGUCGCGCCGUCUGUAUCGAUUAGUUAUGUCGUGUACGAAAACUCGAAACAGUUAUUUGGUGUAUCUUGA